CGGCGCGGGGCGCGGCGGGGCUCGGGCGCUCCCGCUCCCCUUUGUUCGCCGCGCCGAUGGCGGCCGGGCCGGGCGCCGGCCCCGGGGCGCCCAGCGAGGCGGAGGCGGCGCAGCUCUGCCGCAGCCUGGAGGUGGGCACCGUCAUGACCCUCUUCUACUCUAAAAAGUCGCAGCGACCCGAGCGGAAAACUUUCCAGGUGAAGCUGGAGACGCGGCAGGUCACCUGGAGCCGCGGCUCCGAGAAGGUCGAGGGGGCCGUGGAUAUUCGUGAGAUCAAAGAGAUCCGUCCAGGGAAGAACUCGCGUGACUUUGACCGGUACCAGGAGGACCCGUGUUUCCGAGCAGACCACUCGCACUGCUUCGUCGUCCUCUACGGCACAGAAUUCCGCCUGAAGACCCUCAGCUUGCAAGCCACUUCUGAGGAUGAGGUCAAUAUGUGGAUCAAGGGGCUGAACUGGCUGGUGGCAGACACUCUGAGAGCACCCACUCCCCUGCAGAUUGAAAGGUGGCUCCGGAAGCAGUUCUACUCCCUGGAUCGCAACCGGGAGGACAGGAUCUCUGCCAAGGAUCUGAAGAACAUGCUGUCUCAGGUCAACUACCGGGUCCCCAACAUGAGGUUCCUGCGGGAGAGACUCACGGAUGUGGAGCAGAGGAACGGGGAUAUCACGUACGGGCAGUUUGCACAGCUCUACCGCAGCCUGAUGUUCAGUGCGCAGAAAACAAUGGAUGUCCCGUUCUUGGAAAGGGGUGCAGAAAGGUCUGAGCACUUCAGGGUAUCGCUGCUGGAGCUGCAGAAGUUUUUGCUGGAGUACCAGAGGGAGCUCUGGGCUGCAGAUACCCUUCAGGUACAGGAAUUCAUGUUCAGCUUCCUGAGAGAUCCUUUGAGGGAGAUUGAUGAGCCUUAUUUCUCCCUGGACGAAUUUCUCACCUUCCUGUUUUCCAAAGAGAACAGCAUCUGGAACUCACAACUGGACAUGGUGUGUCUGGAGAACAUGAACAACCCUCUCUCCCAUUACUGGAUCUCCUCCUCACACAACACGUACCUGACGGGGGAUCAGUUCUCGAGCGAGUCCUCGCUGGAGGCCUACGCCCGCUGCCUGCGCAUGGGCUGCCGCUGCAUCGAAUUGGAUUGCUGGGACGGUCCCGAUGGCAUGCCGGUCAUCUACCACGGACACACCUUAACCACCAAGAUCAAGUUCUCUGAUGUCCUGGUCACUAUCAAGGAGCACGCCUUUGUCACCUCUGAUUUCCCCGUCAUUCUGUCCAUUGAGGACCACUGCAGCAUUGCUCAGCAGAGGAACAUGGCUCAGAAUUUCAAGAAGGUUUUUGGAGACAUGCUCUUGACCAAACCAGUCGAUAUUUCUGCUGAUGGCCUUCCAUCUCCAAACCAGCUCAAGAGGAAGAUUCUCAUCAAGCACAAGAAGCUGGCGGAGGGCAGCGCUUACGAGGAGCUGCCCACGUCCGUGAUGUACUCAGAGAAUGAUAUCAGCAACUCCAUCAAGAAUGGCAUCCUCUACCUGGAGGACCCCAUCAAUCACGAGUGGAACCCACAUUACUUUGUGCUGACCAGCAGCAAGAUCUAUUACUCUGGGGAGACAACCAGUGACCAAGGAAACGAGGAUGAGGAAGAGCAAAAGGAGGUGAGCAACAGCACCGAGCUUCACUCCACGGAGAAGUGGUUCCACGGGAAGCUGGGAGCGGGCCGUGACGGGCGGCACAUCGCGGAGCGGCUGCUGACGGAAUAUUGCAUCGAGACGGGGGCCCCCGACGGCUCCUUCCUCGUCAGAGAGAGCGAGACCUUCGUAGGAGACUACACCCUCUCCUUCUGGCGCAAUGGGAAGGUGCAGCACUGCCGGAUCCACUCGCGGCAGGACGCCGGCAGCCCCAAGUUCUUCCUGACGGACAACCUGGUGUUUGACAGCCUCUACGACCUCAUCACCCACUACCAGGAGGUGCCACUGAGGUGCAACGAGUUUGAGAUGAGGCUGACGGAGCCAGUGCCACAGACCAAUGCCCACGAGAGUAAAGAGUGGUACCACGCCAACCUCACGCGGGCCCAAGCCGAGCACAUGCUGAUGCGGGUGCCCCGCGAUGGAGCCUUCCUGGUGCGCAAGAGGAGCGAGCCCAGCUCCUACGCCAUCUCCUUCAGGGCAGAAGGGAAGAUCAAGCACUGCCGGGUGCAGCAGGAGGGCCAGACUGUGCUGCUGGGCAACUCUGAGUUCGAGAGCCUGGUGGACUUGAUCAGCUACUACGAGAAGCACCCGCUGUACCGCAAGAUGAAGCUGCGCUACCCCAUCAACGAGGAGACCCUGGAGAAGAUUGGCACAGCGGAGCCGGACUAUGGAGCCCUGUAUGAGGGACGCCAUCCUGGGUUCUAUGUGGAAGCCAACCCCAUGCCCACCUUCAAGUGUGCAGUCAAAGCCCUGUUUGACUACAAGGCGCAGAGGGAGGACGAGCUCACCUUCACCAAAAAUGCCAUCAUCCAGAAUGUGGAGAAACAGGAAGGAGGCUGGUGGAGAGGAGAUUAUGGUGGAAAAAAGCAGCUGUGGUUCCCUUCCAACUAUGUAGAGGAAAUUACUAGUCCCACUAGCCUGGAGCCAGAACAGGAGCAGCAGCUGGAUGAGAACAGCCCCCUGGGAGACCUGCUGGGAGGUGUCCUGGACGUGCCCUCCUGCCAGAUCGCCAUCCGCCCCGAGGGGAAGAACAACCGGCUCUUCGUGUUCUCCAUCAGCAUGUCCUCGGUGUCACGGCUGUCCCUGGACGUGGCGGCCGACACGCACGAGGACCUGCUGGACUGGGUGAAGAAGAUCCGGGAGGCAGCUCAGACAGCUGAUGCCAGGCUCUCUGAAGGGAAGAUGAUGGAGAGGAGAAAGAAGAUUGCUCUGGAGCUUUCAGAACUGGUGGUCUAUUGCCGACCUGUGCCCUUUGAUGAAGAGAAGAUCGGCACAGAGAGGGCCUGUUACAGGGAUAUGUCCUCCUUUCCUGAGACCAAGGCAGAAAAAUACGUCAACAAGAUCAAGGGCAAGAAGUUCCUGCAGUACAACCGCCUGCAGCUGUCCCGCAUCUACCCCAAGGGCCAGCGCCUGGACUCCUCCAACUACGACCCCCUGCCCAUGUGGAUCUGUGGCAGCCAGCUGGUGGCACUCAACUUCCAGACCCCGGACAAGCCCAUGCAGAUGAACCAGGCCUUGUUCAUGUCCAGUGGCCAGUGUGGGUACGUCCUGCAGCCGACCAACAUGAGGGACGACAUCUUUGACCCCUUUGACAAGAGCACGUUGCGGGGCACAGAACCGCUCUCCAUCUCCAUUGAGGUCCUGGGGGCCCGGCACCUUCCCAAAAAUGGAAGGGGAAUCGUUUGUCCCUUCGUGGAGGUGGAGGUGUCUGGUGCUGAGUACGACAAUGCCAAGCACAAAACAGAGAUCGUGGCUGACAACGGCCUGAACCCUCUCUGGACCCCGAAGCAGUUCCACUUUCAGGUCAGCAACCCUGACUUUGCCUUCCUCCGCUUCGUGGUCUACGAGGAGGACAUGUUCAGUGACGAGAACUUCCUGGCUCAGGCCACCUUCCUGGUGAAAGGCUUGAAGACAGGUUUCCGAGCUGUUCCCCUGAAGAACAACUACAGUGAGAACCUGGAGCUGGCUUCUCUGCUUGUCAAGAUAGACAUUUUCCCUUGCAAGCAGGAAAAUGGCGAAAUAAACCUCUUCAGUGCUUCAUCCCUACGGGAGCGAGCAGGGGACGGCUCCAGCCAGCUGCUGGCAAGCAGAGGCAGAGAGGGCUCCUUUGAGUUGCGGUACCAGCAGCCUUUCGAGGAUUUCCGUGUGUCCCCAGAGCAGCUCGCUGACCACUUUGAGAGCCGGGAGCGAAGGGUACUGCGGAGGACCCGGGUCAACGGGGACAACCGGCUGUAGCCCAUCCCGGCGGGCGAAAGCACCUCCAGUGCUUGUGAAUCUCACAGCACGCUGUGAACUGGUUUCUAUGGAAACGGCACUGCUAUGGCCUACUUUCAGGCAGCUUUUCCAGUUUCUCUGCUGAAGUGUGUUCAAGUGGAGAACUAAAAAAAAAAUAAAAAUACUGGAAACAAACCCCACCCCGAACCAGCCCCAAGCACCCACCAACCUUCACCACGAAGCCCUUAAGAAGCGCGUCGGUGCGGCCAGGCUGCCAGAGACCAAACUGUCUAUAAUCACAAGGAGAGACCUAAAAAUUCCCCAUCCAGCCUCUGUGCCACUGCUCUGCCUGUAGUCCAGAGAUGGUGUGCAGCUGCUGGAGCCUGUUUGCAGCCAUCCCGUGCUGUGUCCGUUCCCAGAGCUCUGGGCCUGCAGUGACCACAGCAGCACCUGUCUGUCCUGGUGCCACCACGUCUGACCUGUAUAGCCACUGCCGAAGGGUCCAGUAGUGAAACUCUGCAUUUACAGGGCCGCUCUAGCUUUAAAUGACAAUAAAAGUGUCAGUAUUA